UGUCGCGGCAACAUGUCCCUGCUAGAGGAGGAUGUAUGGAGGGAGCAGCAGUGUAGCGCGCACGACAACACUCCGUACGGUGGCGAGCUGUUCCAUUGGAGGGCGCAUAGAGAUGACGCGGAACCAUGCGCGUUGACCUGUCGCGGCACACCGCAGCAUUCCGGACAGAGUCCUGAACCGAAACCGGAAAGAAUGCGACUAUCUUUAAUUGUUGGCAACAAUUCUCAAGUUCCUUUGACGGUGUCGUUGGAUGAUGACGACCGCGUGGUUGUGGCGGUGCUUGCGGCAAGAGUGUCCGACGGCACGCGAUGUCGCCCCGGCAGUCUGGACAUGUGCAUCGAUGGAAGAUGUCAGCGUGUCGGCUGUGAUCUUCGUGUUGGUUCGACGAGACGUGUCGACGAGUGCGGUGUGUGUGGCGGAGAUGGCUCAUCUUGCUCUAGACCACGCUACCACUGGUUGGCAACCCCUGGAUCACUAUGUUCGGCUACUUGUGGUGGAGGCUACAAGAUGUCGCUGGCAGUGUGCCGGGACCGGCUGACGGGCACGGACGCGCCUGAGCAACUCUGCGACGGCUCCAGCAAGCCGAGCUCGGCUGUCGUCAGAUGCAAUAUGCAUCCCUGUCCUUACAAAUGGUACGUGGGUGAAUGGUCUCCUUGCACGGUGAGCUGCGGCGGCGGCCUGCGCUCGCGGCGUGUCCUUUGCGCCAGAUCUGCUAAUGUUACAAGAGCUGAUACUUACCAGCCAGGAUCUUCGGAACCAGGUUGUGUGUCUCCAGCGCCACGAUCCUCACAGACUUGCAACGAACACGAAUGCCCUUUAUGGAUAGCGGGUGCUUGGUCAGGAUGUUCAGUUUCGUGCGGCGAAGGAGUACAAGUGAGGGGAGUGGAGUGCACGCCAGCCGGUGGUGGUUGUGACCCAAUGUCAAGACCUGAUAUAUCCAGACCUUGUUCCACUGGCAUCAGCUGUCCCGCUUACAGAGAAGCUGAUGAAACUGAGGACGAUAUAGAAGAUAUUUUACCCGGCGUGGUGUACCACACACAGCCACUUAUCCAACCAUAUCCUCCGCCACAAGCUAAAGCGGAAAGACUGAUAGGAGAACCAGAAGUACCCGUGGAAGCCACUUACAUAAAAGACGAUGACUGGGGUCCGUGCAGUACAACAUGCGGCGAAGGUUGGAGGAAGAAAGAGGUUCAUUGCAAGAUUUUUUUAGAAUUCAGCAGAACUAUAGCAAAAUUACCAGACAGCAAAUGCAUGGGUCCCAAACCAACGGAAGAAACUGAGAGAUGCGUCAUGGAGCCCUGCUCUAUGGCUUAUGGGACGUCUUUCGGGGAUUCUAGUAUACCUUCAUACGGAACGGGAGACAGGUCCUUGAUCUUUGGAACGUCCAGUAAUAUCCGAGUGGCGCCCGGCUCGCCAGGAAAAUCUUAUUCUUGGAAAGAGAAAGGUUAUACAAGCUGCAGCGCUUCUUGUCUAAGCGGUGUUCAGGAGCUAAUCAUCCAAUGCGUAAGAGAUGAAGAUGGUAAAAAUGCGUCUCCAUACAUGUGUGAUCCUUUGACUAAGCCUGAGAACAGAGUAAGAACAUGCAACGAUCAUCCUUGUCCACCAAGAUGGAACUAUACGGAUUUUUCUCAGUGCACUAAAUCCUGCGGCAUUGGUAUACAGACGAGGGAAGUGACGUGUAUACAUGAAGUGACUCGCGGCGGCACCAACACUGUGGUGGUGCCGAACAGCAUGUGUCCGCAGCCGCCGCCGCCGGACCGCCAGUACUGCAACGUGCUCGACUGCCCUGUCAGAUGGCAUACUGGCGAAUGGUCGAAAUGCUCCAAGACUUGCGGAGGUGGAGUGAAGCAGAGAGAGGUGGAAUGCAAGCAAAUAAUGGCACAAUCACACGUGGUGGAAAGACCAUCUUCUCUCUGCAACAGUCCUCGACCCGCGACCACAAAGUCUUGUAACAGCCGACCCUGUUUACUGGAUACCUCCUCUCCGGAGAUAACAUUAGCCAACUCAUCUUAUAUACAGCAUGAUCCUAAGAAGAAGAAGGUUACGGUUAAAGUUGGCGGUUCAGCGACAAUUUUCUACGGAACACAAGUAAAAAUUAAAUGUCCAGUCAAAGGAUACAAUAGGACGAAGAUCCAAUGGGCGAAGGACCAUCAGAUUAUUACAAAGUCUAAAAAGCAUAAGAUUUCUAAAAAGGGCGCGCUACGCAUCACGUCGCUGUCGCUGCGCGACCACGGCGUGUACACGUGCGUGGCGGGCCGCUCCAGCGCCAACCUCACGCUGCUGGUGAAGCCGCGCCCCGGAGAGUACCCCGCCAGCGAGGAGAUCGGGCACAAGACCAACACGGACCACCCCUCCUUAGCUGACAGCAGAUCAGACAGUCGCGCAUCAGGCAAAGGAGAACAGCCACACGAACAGCGACCUGAUGAGAGGAAAACCAAUAAAAACAGACAAAGAGGUAAACUAGACAAAGUUAGAGAUGCACUGUACGGCAGCGCGGGACAAUCAACAAAAUCUCCAAGCUUCAAUUCUCAAGCCCGUGACAUCUACGACGAGAAUGAGGAGAGCGCGGUCUCUUCUCGGAUGCUUCCGCCCAAACCUAGCAGUGCCUCCCGACUGUUACCGUGUCUUCAUUACUUUAUCAUGCAAUUUCAGUUGUUUUUUGAUUUUCAGACGAUAUUGGGGAUUUCUCGUGGUCAAAGAAUGGUGGAUUCGAUAAGCGUUUUCCAGAAUCACGUGACGCCAACGAAAACACACUUCGUGAAUCUCGAUGAUAAGCAAAUUGUUUACCCGGAAGAGGAUUAUUCUGAUAUUAUAAUUGUUAAUGAAGAUUACAUCAGACAGACGAUAGAAAGAGCGGGACAGAACAAUUUUAAAGAAGAUGUAUACGAUUUAAUUGAGACUACUGUAACACCGAAAGAGGAAAUAGUACUGAUGCCGGCCGAGCUGGCGGACGGCGGCUACUCGUGGCUGACGACGGACUGGUCCGGCUGCAGCGCGCCGUGCGGACAGAGCGGGCACCAAGUGAGGGGAGCUGUUUGUCAGUACAAGAGAGAUAACAUCACAACGACUGUGGAGGCGGAGGAGUGCCUGGGGCGGGGCGCAAGUCCUCCCAGCGUGCUGCGCGAGUGCCUGGGCCCGGUCUGCGCUAUCUGGAGGGCUACAGCCUGGUCGUCUCCCAAGUGCUUAGCGAGUGGAGCUGCCCUCCUUCGUCGCAAAGUUGAAUGUAUAACAGAGAACGGCACCAAGUUGUCUGAGAGCUCGUGCGCCGCCGACUCGCGGCCAGCGAAGACCAAGCGACAGUCGCAGCCCUGCAAGCCCGCCUGGUCGGUCGGACCUUGGAGCAAGUGUAUAGGUCUGUGCGGCACUCGCGGGCAGCAGCACCGCGCGCUGCGCUGCGUGUGGCGCGCGGCGCGGAGCAGCAAGUCGAAGCGCAAGCGGGAGCGGAGCGCCGGCAGCGCCUGCGAAGGCCUCAAGCGACCUGUCGUCACCAGGGCUUGUAAUGUCGCCCCUUGUCCUGUCAAUAAAGAUGGCAUCUGUAAGGAUGGAUCAAGAUAUUGCGAGAACGUUCGUGCGAUGAACAUGUGCGCUCUGAAACGUUACAAGGAGCAUUGCUGCGAAACUUGUUACAAUUGAUCGAUGUCACUAGGAAAUACCACUGCUGAGAUACAUUCUGUCUCUGUCUUUUUAAGAAUGAAAGAGAUGGCAAUAUAAGUCAGUGUUACAAAACAAAUGAAUUACGAAUGCUUAAAGAGACGGAAUUAUUCCUAUCUAUAGGAUGAUGAGAAAUAAUUAAAAUAAAUGUAAAUUAAAUGUACUGAAUUUCAAUAAUUAAUGAAAAAUGGAGAAGUAAAUGUUAUUAUUGAUUUAAUAAGUGCAGUGCCAACAAAUUAUAGUUCCAAAUGGUUCUGCGGUUGAAGUGAAGUGUGAUUUCAAAUUGUGUUAUGAAACAAUAUGAAGGUAGUUAUAAAAAAUGAACUCUAUGGAAUUGUUAAAGGUAUAGAGAAUAGAGAAAUAUUGGAAAAUUGUUGUGCUUGGUACUUACUUGAUAUUUAUUGCAAAUGUUUAAUGGUUGUUGACCUGAUCAAAUUUUAGGUUAUCUAAUACAGACAGCAAAAAAAGUUUACAAUUACAUGCAACGAUGUAAGAAUGAAGCUUAUAAAAUCUUCCUGUUUAUAAUUCAUUGUUUUAAGAUAAACAGAAAACAUUAAUAAUACUAAAAAUGAUUGGGAAAUGGACAUAUGAAAAGAAAAUGUAACAAAAACAUUUUAAUAUUUUUCAAAAUAUGUAGUAUGUAGAUUGAAAUGUAUACAUGAGACGUACGUAUUUGUGAUUUAUGUGAUUUCAGCGCAAAGAUUUAAAUCUAGUUUAAAGUAAUCUAUUACGUAUUUUGUAAAAUAAACACGCCAAAAAAUUACGAUCUAGAGUCUACAAACAUUUUGUUAAAUUCUCUUAAGUAGUCUUUUUGUCUAAACAUAUCUUGAUUUUUUGAUCUUAAAAAUAUGUCAACUUUUUUUGUUGUCUGUACAUUUACUGGGUCCUUGAAAAUUAGUUAAUUCUUUUGUAAAUUAUGUUAUAUAAAUGUAAUUAAGUAAACACGCACCGUACGCUUAAAAAUAUCAUAUAAUGUAAAAUCUAUAAAAAAAUGCACAAAAAUAUUUAGUUAACACAUCUAAUGUAUAGAGAAUGUAGUAAAAAAUAAAAAAUUCAAAUAUUCUUAUUAGAAAUGUUAUAAAGAAACACUUUAAAUAGUCAAAAAAUGGCAUAUGUUAGAUAUAUUUAACGUAAUUUCAUAUGUAUACUAAAAUUAGAAGCAUUUCAUUAAAAAAUAAUCGCUAAAUUUAAUGUAAAUACGUAAUGAAACUAAUCACACACGAACACGAAUGGAUAAGAUACGAAAUGAGUAGAUUAGAGGAAGUUUGAGAAUAGCCCCCAUAGUAGAGAAGGUAAGGA